CGUUAGAAAACAGCAGAGUAUGGAGAAGCUGCAAUGUAAUUUCCACGUUCAUUGAUUGCAUUUUCUUCUAGAGUCUAGACCAAGUCAAAGUGAAAGCAAGUAUAAAAAUCCUCGGAUGGCGCUUCUGGUUUACUGGACCCCAGUCGAACAUGGGAUGGUUCAAGUUUUCAUCAGUAAAAGAAUAAAUCUUCAAGAUGAAAUGAAUCAUUGCAUUUGAAAAAUCCAGUCUGGCUAAAACCUUGACUACCAAUGUCUUCAAUCCCCAGAGACGAAGCAGCCUCGAUUCAAUGGCAGAAGGGCGAUUUGAUCGGUUCCGGGGCCUUUGGCCGUGUUUACAUGGGCAUGAAUACCGAAUCCGGAGAGCUUAUUGCUGCAAAAGAGGCUCAUACCAAGGUGCUUCAAGCUUUAGAAAACCUGUCGCAUCCGAAAAUUAUUAGAUGUUUAGGAACCGAGAGGGAGGAUGAAACCUUAACUAUGCUGUUGGAAUAUGUACCUGGAGGAUCCAUACAAGCACUAUUGGAGAAAUUUGGAUCUUUCUCUGUUCCUGUGAUAAAAAGAUUCACCAAGCAGUUGUUGCUGGCACUAGAAUAUUUACACAAAAAAGGAAUCAUACAUGGGGACAUUAAGGCAGCAAAUAUCCUUGUUGAUAAUAAAGGGCGCAUUAAACUAGCAGAUUUUGGUGCAUCCAAACAGGCAGCCGUUUCAGGUGCAAAGCCUACAAGGGGUACACCAUACUGGAUGGCUCCUGAAGUCAUUUGUGGGACUGGUCAUGACUUCUCUGCAGAUAUAUGGAGCGUUGGAUGCACUGUGAUUGAGAUGGCCACUGGAAUUCCUCCUUGGAACCAACAGUUUGAAACGGUUGCUACUUUCUUUUAUUGUGUAGGGACAAGCAAGUCUCAUCCACCAAUCCCUGAUCAUCUUUCUCCUGCAGCAAAAGAUUUUCUGCACGAAUGUCUGCAAAAGGAACCAACUGUAAGGCCAUCCGCAUCUGAGUUGCUUAAGCAUCCUUUUUUAACUGGGAAAGAUGUGGAAUCUCAGAAUUCUGCAGUCAUGGAAGUAGAAGUAGCAUCCUCAUUUUGCCAAACAAAUUCUGACGAAAUUGAUAGCAUGUGGGAUGAUGAUGCAAACUCCAAUUUUGUAUCCAAUCCAGCAAGUUGCGGAACUAGAAAAUUGAUUGUGCAGGGAGCCAUUAAACAAGUGUUUUCAAAAAAAUUUAAAUUCUUUAAGAGGUCGAGAAGAACUACCAGGAAUGGACCAGCGAAGGGUGAGUUCAGCUUUGCAUCUAUCAAGGUUGCCACACACAACUUUUCUGAGGAAAAUUUGAUUGGACAAGGGGGAUUUGGACCUGUUUAUAAGGGAAAAUUGGUGACCGGACAAGAAGUAGCUGUGAAAAGCCUUUCAUCAUCUUCACAUCAAGGAGAUAAGGAGUUUAAGAAUGAACUGAGACUCAUGCAGAAACUCCAACAUAUAAACAUUAUUCAGAUAUUAGGAUUUUGCAUUCAUGGUGGCGGAAGAUUUAUAAUAUACGAGUACAUGGCAAACUCAAGUUUAAACAACCAUUUAUUUGGUUCAUCCAGUGACUUGCUACUAGAUUGGAAUAAGCGUUUCAACAUAAUUGAAGGAAUUUCUCAAGGAUUGGUUUACUCGCACAAAUACUCCAGAUUGAGAGUAAUUCAUAGAGAUAUAAAAGCCAGUAAUGUUCUGCUGGAUGCACAAAUGAAUCCCAAAAUUGCUGAUUUUGGUUUAGCAAAAAUUUUUGCACAUGAUGAAGAGACAGUAAAAAUUACGGGAAUUUGUGGGACAAUCGGUUACAUGCCUCCCGAGUACCUCAUGGCAGGCAUCCUUUCCAUGAAAACCAAUGUCUACAGUUAUGGAGUGUUAAUGCUUGAAAUCAUAAGUGGUAACAAAAAUUUCAAUGCUGACGGCGAUUAUUUGGUAAAAGAUGCACGGCAGUUAUGGCAAAAAGGUGCAGGGCUACAACUAGUGGAUCCAAAACUGGAAGUUUCUCGUAUUGACAAACAUCAACUGUUAAGAUGCAUCCAUGUUGGUCUGCUGUGCGCGGAAGAAAAUGAAGAUGACCGGCCCACCAUGUCAGAUGCGAUAUCUAUGUUGAAAAAUGAAGUGCCUUUGCCUGAACCAACAAUGCCAGCAUUUUCUAGAUACAAUAAUUGGACAACUGCUAGUAUGGAAACUAUGUGCAUAUAUGGUUUAUCAAUAAACAGUAUGACGAUUUCCGACUUUGGUGGACGUUAAGACUGCAUACGUAUAUGGGAUCCUGGUUUUGUCAAGAAUCCAAGAUAACCAAGGAGAUCAAUUUGCUCUUGUAUUAAAAGUUAUGAAAUUAUGGUUGUAAUGUCCAAAGUAUGUGAUUCUUCAUCUAAAUUCCUUAAUGUAGGAGAUCGACCUUGCUACGUCUAUUGUUAUAUAUGUGCACUGCU